AUGACACCGUAUGAGGCUCUAUAUGGUCGUAAAUGCCGAACUCUGUUAUAUUGGACUGAGCUCUGUGAGGAAAAGAUACAUGGAGUUGAUUUGAUCCACGAGACUGUGGAAAAAGUGAAAGUGAUUCGAGAUAGCUUAAAAGCAAUUUCAGAUCGUCAGAAAUCUUAUGCGAAUCUUAAAUGUAAAGAAAUAGAGUUUCAAGUUGGUGACAGGGCAGUUUUGAAAGUUUCGCCUUUGAAGAAAGUUCUUCGGUCUGACCCUUCACAUGUUAUCUCCCCGACAGAUGUUGAAAUCCAGCCUGACAUGACAUAUAGUGAGGAACUGCUCAGAAUUCUAGCACGAGAGAACAUAGCUCUUAUGAGCUUGCCGUUAUACAGCUCUAAUGAGCUUUUCGAUAUUCAGCUCACAUGA